GUGUUACUGGAACUUCAUAGUAUUAUAUUAUGAAUUUAUGAUGCCUGUUUUCCUCUUUAUCUUUGGAAUGCUAAUUUGCAAACUAUAUUUGUUCACACCAUGUUGCUCCACCAAGUAAUUUAUCACAUUUUAAUAUACUGCAUAAAACAUAUAGUCCAUCCCCGGUGCAAACAGUACAGACUAACUUUAAUGAAAACUGACUUAGACCGGUUGAUACGAUAAGGAACCGACCACAUACUGGUCAGACCUACUCUUUGAAUUUAAAAUGAUGAGAAGUAAAAAUCGAUUUGAUUCAACUGGUUUAGCUGUCGAAGCGAUAGCUCGAUUUAAACUAUGGUUGAACCAACUAGGUCUUUUAAACUGGCUCUAACUAGUAGUUGAACUUUAAUAUGCAGUUAACCAAAACUUAAAAAUAUAAUGGGAGAAAAAAGAAAAAGUUUAUACCCUACAAACGCUUUUAGAUAAAAAUGACCAGGGCCCAGAAAUUUUGUCCUAGUUUUCUUGCCUUUGCCUUUUGGGCAAGGUUACAUGUUGGAAGCUAAUUGGAAACUACAUGUUCUAUGAAAUAUAUUGAAAGUCAUGAAAUGUAAGUGUGACUGUCAAAUUGAUGACACCUUUUUCAUUAUAUGUAUGCCUCACAGACUUGAAAUAGGAUCAGGAAAAGAAAAGAGAUAGAAAGAAAACACAAAUAUAAUAUUUCCCAAUAACAGUAUAUACAGUAGUAUAUUUUCUUUCUAAGAAAGAAUACAAAGUGUAAAAUUUAAUAUGGGAAAAAGUUUGAAAAAAUAUUGAUGUUUAUAUUCCCUCUUAUGUGCUGUGAAUAAAUAAAUUGGCUGCGUUUGAAUGUUGAAGUAUUCAUUGUCUGAAUGUGCUGUUUUGUCAAUAAGGAAAAUAUGGCAGAGGGGUCCAGUUUCAUUGGUGGAAUAACUAAGAAAUGGCCAGCAACUAUACCUUUCUAACUUUGAAUUGUAUAACUCACAUUUAUAUGGACUACGGUUAAUCUAAUCUACCUUUCUUUUUCAUCAAGUCUUUCUCCUUCAUUUUUCAAGUCAACUGACCUAUCAAAUAGGUUCCCUUUUUAGACCACUUGAUUUAUACAUGAUACUGAUACAUAUCUAUUUGUGAAGACAACGUGUGUAUUUUGCACUGUUCACACUACUAGUACUUAAUCUUCACUACAUCAGUUUUUUUUUUUAUGUUAAGGAUCCAUUACUUCCUCCUCGUAAAGUUGGGAUGACUCUUGUUCAUUUGUUCUGCUUCCUCUUGUUUUGUCACCUCGUGUUGAUUUUAUCAGAAGGGUAUGGAAGUGGGUACCAGGAUAACUGUCCACACUCAUUCAGCUGUGGAAUUCGUGGGAAUUUUAGUUAUCCUUUCACCAAGGCAGAGAAACCAGACUGCGGCCUCAUACUCAUACAUAGCUGUGACGCCGGUUACUAUUCACCCAAAUUGAUCCAACUGGAGGAGAAUGCAAGAACCACAGAGCUAACUGGCUCCAUUGACCAGAAUACCAUUACACUUUCUGAUCAAGAUUUUUACAAGCAUUUACAAAAUAAUGCUUGUGAUGCUUUGAACCACAACUACACUCUUCCUCCCCCUUCUCCUUUGGUUUCCUUUUAUAUAAUUUAUAAUGUAACUUUCUUCCGAUGCAACCAUGGCCACAAAAUCAACCCCCCUGCACAUUAUUUUAAACACAACUGUUCAUCCUAUGAUAUAUAUUAUGACAGCAACCAAUACCCCAAUGUUACUAUAGAGAUGGCACGUAGCUUUUUCCCAUCCUGCAUGGUUCUUCAGUUUCCAUCUAAAGACUUGACUGAUACCAAAAACAUUUUAUCAUUUGUAUCUGGUCAGGUGAGUGUUAAAAUAGAACUAUCUGCUGAUUGUGACAAGUGCUGCAACCACGGAGGAGGACAAUGUCGACUUGAUGCAAGCAAGAAGUUUUACUGUCAUAAUGAGCCGGAGAAUAAGAGAGAUUAUUUUAAGCUUCUACUUGGACUUGGAAUAGGUUUAGGUAUUACAUUGGUUGCACUGGGUAUUCUUAUAGUUCGAUGCCACUCCAAAAGAAAACAUGCUCCAUCAGACCUCCAGAAUCAAUCGAGAAUAAAAUCAUACAAUGAUGAAAUUGAUCCCUACCGAAAUCAAGACUCAGAAAACGGCACUGUCUACUUUAAAAUACCUCUGUUCUCUUAUAAGGAGCUAGAAGAAGCUACAAAUAAUUUCCACCAAGCCAACCAACUUGGAAGUGGAGGCUUUGGAAUAGUUUAUUAUGGGAGACUGCAAGAUGGACGUGAAGUUGCUGUUAAGCGCCUAUACCAACAUAACUGGAGGCGAGUAGAACAGUUCACAAACGAAAUUGAGAUCCUUGCUCGUACUCGCCACGCUAAUCUUGUGUCCCUCUAUGGUUGUACUUCACAUCACAGCGAUGAACUACUGCUAGUGUACGAAUAUGUUCCAAACCACACUGUUGAUUUUCAUCUCCAAGGUGAUCUAGCAAGAACAGCCACACUGCCUUGGCAUAUCAGGAUGAAAAUUGCCAUAGAGACAGCAAGUUCAUUGGCUUAUCUGCAUGCUUCAGGCAUAAUCCACCGUGACGUGAAAACCAAAAACCUUCUCCUUACAAACAGCUUCAGUGUAAAAGUUGCAGAUUUUGGUCUUUCAAGGCUAUUCCCCCAUGAUAUCACCCAUGCUUCCACGGCACCACAAGGGACACCAGGUUAUGUUGACCCGGACUAUCAUCAAUGCUACCAGCUUACUAACAAGAGUGAUGUAUAUAGUUUUGGUGUUGUGCUCGUCGAGCUUAUAUCAUCUAAGCUUGCUGUCGAUAUGAACAGGCAUAAGGAUGAGAUUAACUUAUCAAACCUGGCCUUAAAGAAGAUCCAGAAGGGUGAAUUUACUGAGCUGGUGGAUCCUAAUCUUGGUUUUGAUUCAGACAAUGAGGUUAAGAGGAUGAUAGUUUCGGUAGCAGAGUUGGCUUUUCAAUGUUUGCAAAGGGAAAAGGAAUUAAGACCUUCCAUGGAUGAGGUUUUGAAGGUGCUGAUGAGAAUUGAAAGUGGAAAGGAUGAGCCUGAGCAUAUAGUUGAAGAAGAGGUGCAUCCAUCCUCACCAGAAGGAAAUGAGGAUGAGAUUGGACUUUUCCAAAAAACAAUGCGACAGCCUUCGCCUAAAACUGUGGUUGAUGAAUGGGAUAGUCGAUCUACUACGUCAAAUACCAUCAGCGGUCAUUAAUAGUACAGCCUUGUAUACUUACUAAUUUGCAGCACUUAAACAUUGUCAGCUUCUAAAACGCUGGCUUUAUAGGAAGGAUAGUGUCAUUCGGAAGAUUUGAGCAUACAAGGGGUGGUAUGAGAAACUUCAUGUAAUUAUGCAUAAAAAUUGUACUUGAUCCAUUAAUGAGACUCAUGUUUGAUGUAGAAUAGUCUAUUUAAGCGAAACGUACAUAUACUAUAUUCACAACUUAGAAAUAUAUCAUAAAUAUUUUCUAUAUGGUAUUACAAUUCAAGAGCUCCCGGUUUUUGGGGCUUAUCUUCUGCAUUAACCAUAGCCUUCGAUGUUGCAGUUUCCUCUUGUUAAGCCUUCAGUGCCAAUUUUUGCUUCUUUUAUGCUUGUCUUUGCAUCUUUUUGAGAUAUCUCAACUUGUUCAUCGCCGCUGCUAUGGUUCCCAUUUAACCCCGUUAGUGUCAGCGUGUGUUUGACCAUCAUACGCCACAUAUUUAGCUCAGAUGGCCAUACCAUCCAAUUACAGUCCCGAAGCCGGCCCGAACUCAGAUGCUCAUCACUGGAUUCCAUCCCACUUGCAACUUCUUUCAUGCAGCGUUACAGGUGCAUGACGUAUAUGUGCUGCCAUACAUGGACAUUUCUAUACUGGCGUUCAUUAUGGAUGUUGAGUUACUUGAAACUCACGUAUUUCCUGCUCGUUUUCUUUUUCUUUUUCGAAGUUUCAACACUGUUGUUGUGUUCCAACUUUUUUUUCUUUCCUAUUUUUCAUUUCUUUUCAGGAGUCUCUUGAAUCCUAUUUGUGCUCUAUUUUUAUUCUCUUUGAGCAAGAUAAGUACAAACAUCAAACGAUGUGUUAAAAGAUAGAUCUAUUUUGGUUUCAAACUUUUUUUUAACUUAAACUUACACCUUCCAACAUUUUUUAUAAUACAGGGUUCUCAUACUCGAGAAGAUAGUUAUAAGACA